CAAAUUAACUAAUUAUGACUCUUAAUCGGCAACAGAAGCCAUAAGAACGACGAUACACUAUCAAGAUAUUAUUUUGAUAGAUACUUAACUGAUUUUAAUUGCGAUCAAGGUGUCAGUUUUUCAAGAAAAAAUUCGAAGAAAAAAGAAGUGCCUGGAAUUUUUCAGCUGCUGGUUUUGUUUUGUGUUCUUCCUUGAACCCUUGGCCUUGAGUGGCCUUGGUUUAUUGUUUUAAAACAAUCUUUAUAUUGUCUCCAGCCUAUCCUAUCAAGAUGUUAAGGGAAAUAAUUCGAGGUGUUUUACGUCUGACAAUAUUUAUAGCCACCAAUUUCUACACAAUACCAUCCUUUCUGGUCUGGUUUAUUCUACUACAACCAUUGAGGGUUUUAGCCCCUGAUGUCUUCUGGAGACUAGAUGCUAUAUUGUUUAAAGGUCUGAUAGCUAUGGUGGCCACCUGGCAUUAUACUGGAGGAUAUAGAGUGAUAGAAGCAGGUGAUGAUUUGAGUAGUUUAGAAAAUGAAGAGACUGUAUUUAUGGUCAAUCAUCAAUCUACCAGUGAUACAACUCUAGUCAUGACAGCAUUAUUCGCUAAAAAUCUGGUGUCUGGUCAAGUGUUAUGGGUUAUGGAUAAGAUAUUUAAAUAUACUAAUUUUGGUUUGGUUUCAAUGUGUCGUGGAGAUUUCUUUAUUGCUCAGGGGAAAUCCACACGUCUAGGACAGUUAGAACAGUUUAAAAAACAUCUCAUUGAUGUUUAUUUACCCCGAAAAAAGAAAUGGAUCGUUCUCUUCCCCGAAGGUGGUUUUCUUCGAAAAAGGCUAGAAAGUAGCCAAGCGUAUGGUAAAAAGAAUGGUUAUCCAAUUUUAAAUCACUCCACUCUACCCCGUACAGGAGCUAUCAAAGUUAUUAUAGACACAAUAGGUGCUGUGGAUAUAGAUCAAGCUAAAUUAUUAGAAUCUCAUGCCAGACCAUUAAAAUGGAUUAUCGACGUAACACUUGGUUACCCUGAGGGUAAAGCUCUAGAUGCCCAUGGGUGUGCCAUUGGAUGGCACCCACCGACAGACUGUUAUUUACAUUAUCGAGCCUAUCCCGUCUCUGAAAUACCUCGUGAUUUAGAAGGACUAACAAAAUGGAUGUACGAACGUUACGCUGAAAAGGACAAAAUGCUAGAAAAUUUUUACAAAAGUGGUAAAUUUGAGGAGCCUGCGGAUGCUCCAAAGCGAGUGUUACCGCGAUGUCGGGAAGGUUUAUUAGAUGUUGAUAUUAUUCAGAUAAUUAUGUUUCAUGUAUUUUAUCUUGUAUCGACGUAUGUACACUAUGUUUAUAUUUUAUGCCCUAUUCUUUCUUUUAUUGGCUUAUAG